CAGUAUCCAAAUGCAAAACUGGAUCAUGGAACAAAUGAACAAUGUGACAGAAUUCAUCCUGCUUGGGUUAACACAGAAACCAGAGGUGCAGAAAAUAUUGUUUGUCAUGUUUACAAUCAUCUACACUCUCACCCUGUUAGGCAACAUAUUUAUCAUAGUAAUCAUCAUCACCAGCCCUGCCCUUGCCUCCCCGAUGUAUUUUUUUCUGUCUUUCUUGUCCUUUCAAGAUGGCUCCUUUUCUUCUACAAUAGCACCAAAAAUGAUAUUUGACUUACUCAGUGAGAAGAAAACAAUCUCAUUUCUUGGGUGCAUGACUCAAGUUUUUGCAAUGCAUUUCCUUGGAGGAGUUGAGAUCAUCCUGCUCACAGUGAUGGCCUAUGACCGCUAUGUGGCCAUCUGCAGGCCCCUGCACUACAUGAUCACAAUGAACUGGCAGGUGUGUGGCCUCUUGGUGGCCAUGUCUUGGGCUGGGGGAUUUCUUCAUUCUCUGAUUCAAACAUUUUUUAUUGUGUCAUUGCCCUUCUGUGGCCCCAAUGUCAUUGACCAUUUCUUCUGUGAUCUUUAUCCUCUGCUGAAGCUGUCCUGCACUGAUACACACAUCCUUGGACCUUUAGUUGCUGCCAACAGUGGAUUCCUGUGUCUGGUCAGUUUUUUGAUUCUCAUCACCUCUUAUGUCCUCAUUCUUUGCUCCCUGAGGUCUCACAGCUCUGAAGGACAGCGGAAGGCUCUCACCACCUGCACCUCCCAUAUUGCUGUGGUUGUGUUAUUCUUUGUACCCUGUAUAUUCACGUAUCUUUGGCCCAUGACCACCUUCCCCAUAGAUAAAGCUGUGGCUUUAUUUUAUUCUAUGGUAACACCUAUGUUAAAUCCUUUAAUCUACACCCUCAGAAAUGCAGAGGUGAAAAAUGCAAUGAGGAAAUUCUGGAGCCAAAAGUUGUUGGUGAUCUCCAGGCAGCAUCACCAUCCUGGUCAAAUCAAAUUCUCCAUGUCACAACUGUAG